AUGAUGCCAAUUACUACUACCACCACCACCACCACCACAGAGAAAACCGAGGACCAGGAGCAACCUAUUCACUGGAUCCCAGUCAAAGAAGAAGAAAGCCCAACUUUCAAAACACCCCAGAAAAGGGUAUCAUUCGAUUUAAUCCCGUUUUACAUAAACGGUGACUCAAGCCGGAUGGCCGACUCAUCGUCCAUGUCAACUAAGCAAGGCAAAGAAAACAUGGCCGCAUUUCAUGAUUUGCUGGGACGAAGGAAGAGAAGUAGCCCUAGCCCUGUCAAAGGUGCCGGGAUCUUGAAAAACACCAACAAUAGCCGAUGUCACCGCCGCCGCUAUAGGCACAAUAAUACUCGCCAAAGCGAGAACAACGACAACGACAACAAUGUCGCAAAUUCCUCCAAUCAGCCCCGCCUUAUUCUCAGGGGCCCCAAAAAUCCGAGAGAUUGUCUUGUCAAAUUCAAGUUUGAUGGACGCAUCAUCCGUACUGUGAAUAUGGAGAAGGCGAUGUGUUAA